CUGAAGUGAACCAUGUGACCAUAGGGGCGACGUGAAGAGGGAAUUUAAAAAACAGUUUUACAUAGUUAAAUCUAUAGGUAGUCUACGGUGAUAUAUAUCAAAAUAAACCCAUUCAGCCAGUAAAACGGCUUUGCGAUCGGAUUUAGUUUACAGAUUAUUUUUUCAAACGUUGUUGGGAAAGGUUUAAUCAUAAACACGUCCUGACAUAUGAUCGAGUUUUGGUUCACCAACUCACUCGUUUAGGUGAGUCGGCGGAAGCCAGACGUUGUUUUUUUUUCGCAAGGAGUUGGAUUGAUCCCCGUUGCCUAAAACAGAUAUCAACAUUAUUUGGUGAAAAGAACGGCCCUGGAGACUGACGCCGGUGUGCUUGUCUGCUGAGCACUACUCCUGAUGAAAUGGCCCCGACCUGAUGUCCAGUCGUCCCCUUGCUGAUGGUCUACCCUCUUUAGAACCCAUUGGUUUGAAUGGAGAUGGCACUGCUCCCAGACAUCGCGGCCUGGCCUGGUCUCCUGCCUGGGAGUGUCCUACUCCUGGUCUUGGGGAAUAAUCCUUCCUGGGUUGUGGGGGACAACACAACUAAUAGUCUACCCUCUUACACAACUGCCCCAGGACCCAACAUUGCAGCUAUUGUGGUCCCGACUGUUAUAGUGGGGCUGCUGGCCAUAGCAGCUGCUGUGCUAGUGUGGCUUUUCUGCGUGGUGAGGAAGAAGAGGCAGACGGAGGGGACGUACCGGCCCAGUGCUGAGGAGCAAACGGGGGUCAGCAGUGUUGAGACACCAGACGCUCUCAAACUGCCCAAGGAGGAGAGACUCAUCUGAGCCUAGUCUCUCAGAAGUCUCUCAACACCUGUCCUGUACAUCCAAGCAACAGCUAAAUCCUGAUGACUCUAGAAGCUCCACCUAAAGAGCUGAUGAUUACCUAGAUAUUAGAGGGUCAUGACACAACGUUGACAGAUACAGGAUGGGACGAGAGGUACACAGCACCUAGCCCUGGAAGAGGAGGGCCCAGGCACUGUGUACUGUACGUACUGCAAGCACAUGGACUAGUGCUAGUACAGGACCUGGACAUAGGCAUUGGGAUAGCUACUGCAAAUACCACAGCCUGUAACUAGAACAACUAGAACUAAGGUUCAUGGGGCUCUGACUGCUUUCUCUAUGGUGUGUUAUUUAAUAGCACUGGCAUAUUUGAAUGGGAUACACAUGUACACAAUCAUUCAAAUGGUCAUACUGGAAGAGGAAACAAACCCAUCACCUGCACUAGAUGGAAGAGGACCAGUAUUCAGUCCCUGCUCAUACUUGUCUUUGGUAAAUACAUUUCAGUCUGAGUAUUUCAGUCCUCUGUCUAGGCAAUUUGGCUCUCUCAACAGCUACAAAAAGACUGGAAACAGUCUAACUGCUAUAAUCGUAAGCAGACUGCUGUUACCUGUGCCACCAUGAUACAUGUAAAAAAUGAUAUUGGAAUGUAAUGUAAAUGUUUGUAUAAAUUCCUUAUGGAUUACUUAAAUGUAUAGCGUGCAAUAAUAUUUGUUUAACCACUAUUGAUUGUCAGAAAAGCAUUUAAUUGUCUAGAUUUUUACACUGAUUACUUACCUCAAUUACAUGUCUCACUACUGUAUCAGUCCUGUAUACAGCUUUACAGAUAAUGACACUGUAAGCUAAUAUUAUCUGGAAAACAUUUCUCCCAGUGGGAUAUUCUGUUUGCGGAUACUGUGUGCAGAACAAAUAAUUAUGUCAUUAUUAAUCAUAUUUAAGCACAAAAUGAAUGAUUGUUUACAUUUGAAUAAUUGUAUUGUAGUAUUUCAGAAUUGUUACAUUAAUUUAACAUUGGCUGAAAUGUGAUACUACAUUAGAUCAUAUCUUCUAUGUGUGUUCUUACCAGUACGCUGUUUGUAUUUUGAAAAGCCUAUGAUGGGAUUCAAUUCUCAUCAUGUAGAGUUGUUACACGAUGUCAUGACAUAUUUAUCUUUUGUAGCCUACAUUUUAAAUAAAUACCAAUAGUCAUUUUUAGAAUUGGCCACCUCAGUAGAUUUUCUUUGCAUAAUCAGUGCUGGACUUUGAUCAGAUGAUGUCAAGACUUGCUUCUCUCUCUCUCUCUCUUGUGAAAACACAACCAGACAUCUAUGAGGAAUUAACGAGAGGGCAAAAGCAGAAGACAGAGCAUCGUAUAAGCUGACAUCCCUAAAAUGGUGAGUGUGAAGUGUAUGAGAAAUAACGCAUUUGCUCAGCAUGCAGACCUUACUAGUCAGCUUUCGGUGAAGCUGUGAUUGACAAAAUAGCUUCAGUCAGAAUUAUUAGCCGGCGGCAACUGACUGCAGGAGCUGGGAGGUGAUGACUGCUGAAAACAAUGAAUCCAAGUCUUUCUGUCGUUAACGGUCACUAUACGUCAGUCUCAUUUCACCUGCUGUUACAUUCUAGGAAUGCAUUCCAAUGCAGUUUAUUGCUACUAACUCAUUGGCAUGAACCCAUAAUGGGCAGUGCAGUUUGUCUUCAGCCUAUAGUUAAUGCUCCCACACAAACCCAGUUUCCAACUGUGGUUGGCCUUUUCUGGUUUGUAAAUCUGCUUUUACUUUUGACAUUAAAAAUGUCAAACAAUAAAAACAUAGAGUAAGUACCAAUUUAAUUUGAACUUUAAAAUCACUUGCUUUUAAUUCUGCAAAGCAAUGAUGAGAUGAAUGUAGGAAAAUGGAAACAAUUCAGUGGAUUUCCAACAUACAACAACAAAAUAAUGUCAAAAGUUUACUACAAUCUGGUAAGAUCACUGUUUAAUGUGAAAAACAUUCAAUUCAUUUAGGAACAUCUGCCUUCUUGAGAGAAAGCAGAUGGUAAGGAUGAAGGGAUGGAGUUGGGGACAGGACGGAGGGGAGUGAUAGACUGUUUGGCAGUUGAGUGACGGGAUGGUUUAGGCGGCUUCCUCUUCUCCCUCCUCUUCAAACUCGCCCUCCUCAGCGGUGGCAUCUUGGUACUGCUGGUACUCAGACACCAGGUCAUUCAUGUUGCUCUCAGCCUCAGUGAACUCCAUCUCAUCCAUACCCUCUCCAGUGUACCAGUGAAGGAAGGCCUUACGACGGAACAUGGCAGUGAACUGCUCAGAGAUACGCUUGAACAGCUCCUGGAUGGCUGUGCUGUUGCCGAUGAAGGUGGCAGACAUCUUGAGGCCGCGGGGUGGGAUGUCACAGACAGCGGUCUUCACGUUGUUGGGGAUCCAUUCCACAAAGUAGCUGCUGUUCUUGUUCUGGACGUUGAGCAUCUGCUCGUCCACCUCCUUCAUGGACAUGCGACCACGGAAGAUGGCGGCCACGGUGAGGUAACGGCCGUGACGAGGGUCGCAGGCUGCCAUCAUGUUCUUGGAGUCGAACAUCUGCUGGGUGAGCUCAGGCACGGACAGGGCGCGGUACUGCUGGCUCCCCCUGCUGGUGAGGGGGGCGAAGCCGGGCAUGAAGAAGUGCAGGCGGGGGAAGGGCACCAUGUUGACAGCCAGUUUGCGGAGGUCGGCGUUGAGCUGGCCAGGGAAACGAAGGCAGGUGGUCACUCCACUCAUGGUGGCUGACACCAGGUGGUUGAGGUCUCCAUAGGUGGGUGUGGUGAGCUUGAGAGUGCGGAAGCAGAUGUCGUAGAGGGCUUCGUUGUCGAUGCAGAAGGUCUCAUCUGUGUUCUCCACCA